AUGUGCUUGUCAGUUAGAAACACCUUUUAUAAAGCGGUAACUAUUAAGAAGCCGAAAUUUCGCGAAGAAUACCUCACUGAACAGGCACUGCACAUCACAGUUCAGUUUUCCAGGUAAGUUUUUCAUGAUCAGCUGAGAACGAAGUAAUUUGUAUUAGCCAUUACCGCGUUUCAUAAAAAGAAAAUAAACUUUGUGGGUUUAUUUGUAUCAAAAGCUGUUGAAACGUGGACGUUGUUGUCGUUUUAACCUAUCAUACCGAGGCCUAGUUAUACUGAAAAGUAAAAAUUCUAUUCAAAACCUGUCAAAAUGAAACCAAUGGACAAAUUCAACUUGAUGUCUAAUGUUCGACUCGGAGAUGGAGUAAUCAUGUCCGGAAAGUUACUUCUUAAAACAGUUUUUAUAUCUGCACCUGUUGCCACGGAGUAAAUAGUUUUUAGAAAGGACUUCUCUUUAUUUAUUUCAAUCGUUAAACUAACAUCAACUCUACUCAGUGUAUGUACAACGUCUGCAGCUAUCACCCAGCAAUCUGAGCAUUGUAACAAAGUCUUAAAGCUGAUGCAGGUGCAAAUAUUUAGGGUGGUAGCUAGUUGAUUAGAGAAGACUGAAGUUAUAAGCGAUUGAAGAAAGAAGAAAAAGAAAGGAAAAGAGAUAAACCAGUUCAUCAGUUUUAAGCUAAACGAAGGGAUAGGUUUGUAACGAAUGCGAAGCGUUUUAUGAUAAGAUAUCAAAUGACAUUUAACUCGAACUCAAAAUCGCUGAUCAGAACUAAAUAUAAAUUAAAAUACUCUAAAUGGUGGAAAGCUGACCUUCGCAGGUAUUGCUGGUUCCACUCUUCCAACGAGCUAAUAAAAAUAAAGAAAAUAUCUGGUAAAUAAACAAGGAAAAUAACGCGUCCUGACAGAAUCAAAUGGAUCACGCUCUUUGCAAUUGUUCAGUCACGUAAUGCAUAAAACACCUUGUUUGAGAGGCACAAGAAAAACUUAAAGCUUACACUAUUUUUAAAGGUGUUAGCGUGUUAUUAUAGGCUCUAAUAUCAUAGGUGACGAAUUACUCCUUAAUUUUGGCGCGAAAUUUCAGCGUUUAUACCACUACAUGAGAAAUUUCUGCAAUUUGAUUGGCUUAGAGCAGUGGUAUUUCAGCUUAAUUUGAAAUACCUACAUGUGAAAAUUACAAACCUUUUGCGGGUAGCAGUAUAAACAAAUAAUAGCAUGAUUUGUACGUGAUAUUUGGCAUAAAUACCACUCGUGAUUUUUCCAAAUUGUCACAAAUUUCACUCGCCUAACGGCUCAUGAAAUUACGUAUAACAAAUUGGAAAUAUCACUCGUGGUAUUUAUGCCAAAUAUCACUACAAAUCAUGCUAUUACCUGUACUAAUUUGUAAUUUCACAUGUGAAAUUACAAAAUUGCCAUGGCAACCUUCCGCACGUCUCAGUGUCAAUUUUAAAAUGCCGUGAAUGAAUAUGUCGGGGCACAGAAAGACGCUUUAGAAAACCUGAACACACAAGAAAACACCAAGAAGGAUUCUAACAGGUAUUUUGCAGAAAAAGUCUUAAAAAUUCUGAACUUUAGAAGCCAAAUUUAAGGUCUAAACAUUUGAGAGAGUGGAGUUCUCGAUCGAUACGAUCCAGGAUAACGUAAUUCGUCACCCAUGAUAUUAAUAGGUAAUCAAAUGGUAUAAUCGUGAAAUUAGGGAAUGAUUUCACUUGCGUUUUGUCCAAAUCCUAAUAAUUUCCCUUGCCUAAAGGCUCGGAAAAUUAUAAGGAUUUGGACAAAACGCGCGUGAAAUUAUUCCCUACUUUCACUCGUCACCAUUUGAUUACACAUACAUAUUGUCUGACCAGGUAAAAAACGGUCGUCUGCUGCACUUCUUAAAAUAAAUUGGGCUGGAGGGGGGGUGGGGGGGGGGCGGUGGGGAGAGGCAUAAAGACCAGGUUCGCUGAGAAAUACUGGGGGCUGAGUUAAAUAACUCUUAACCACAAUUCCACAGGGACCUAACUUCAGACGUGUUCUCUAAAUAUGGCGAGGUUUACACUUUUGCUCUAGCAUGAAUUUCGGCGGCCUCCAUGCAGUCAGCGCUAAGUCGCUUGAUCACGACUUAGCGAAAGGAGUAGGUGCCAGAAAUUCAGCCUGCUCUUGCCCUGGCCGACUGUAAAGGGGCCAAGUUUUGACCAUUUUCCUCUCAUAUUUUCAUAACAUUGCACAUAAUUUUAAUUUUAUCCAAUAUUUUUGGGCCUCUUCUUGGAAACGGAUGUAAAAUUGUAAAUUGUGAAAUUGAAGACUGGAAUUAGAUUGGUUGAUUAGCUGCUAACCUGCGUCGCAGACAGUCUAAUGCUGGUUCUCGAGUGAUAAGUCCAGCUGCAAAGCGCGCAGGCUAAUUCAGUACUUCCAAAUCUAUUUUUCCUUUCUUAGAAAUGAUAAGCUUUCUGUCGGUAUUAUAUAGAUAUAUACAUAUAUAAGUAAACGGCGGUCUGAUAUUAUACUUCUUAGAUAAAUACAUUAAUGGAUUAUUGGAUGGAAGGUUGUUGAUUGAUAAUUAGGUUUAGGUGCUUGUUAGUUUGUUCAUCGACCGGUUGGUUUGAUUGAGACCAACGUAUUUGACGCCUUUCCCGGCUCGCGCCUUUUUGCACGCCUGCCAUUUUUUUUUCCCGGGCGCGUUUUUCUAGAAGGACCAAGAACAAAGAAGUGCUUGCUGCCGCUUGUUUUAUUUAAUAAUCUAUAAUUCUGUUUCAGAACUGCAAUAAUGAACUGGGCGAAAUUGUUUUCUGCGUUCGCUCUCGGAAAUUUUUUGAUUUUCUACCAGCCUUCUGCAGCUGAAAGCGAUUCCUCUGGAGAAGGGGAAGAAGAAGAGCACCAUAAAAUACCUCUGGUGUUUGGAUGGAUAGAAAAGCCCCCAUACGCAACACCACCAACAAAUGGAUCUUUAGACAAUGAAGCGCAGGGAAUGAUACGUGAUGCAAUAAGCCCUUAUAUUCUGAAGGAGUGUGGACGUGAUCGGAGGAUAAAAUAUCAAGUGGCCACUAAGAAAUUCGAAAGCGAAUUUGAAAUGAUCGAGUUACUGAGGCAAAACAAAGUUCACGUCGCGCUUCCGAUAUUUGAGAAUCCAGAAAAUCGUAAAUACAUAGACUUGCCGUUUUUUAAACUUGAUGAUUAUCACGGAACAGAAUUUAUCACUACUGAGGAUGACACUACCGCGCUUACAGUUGUAAUGGAUUCUGUUUUGAAGUCUUGGCCAUUACUCGCUGUCUUACUCGUACUUACAGCUAUUGCUGGAAUUAUAAUGUGGGCUUUGGUAAGUGUAACUACAUUAUAAAACAGCUUUGUACGCACAAUAUUGCAAAGCCAAACAAUGCAAGUUAUUGAACCGCCGUUGUCUUUUUCAAGUAAUGCAGCGUGUUUUAAAUUAGGUCUUCUAACUCUCUGAGGACCCUGACUCGUUCCCAGUCGUCUUCGUGUAACCCGCGCGGCGGGAGCAGAGGGUGAUGGGAAGGGAAAAGGGUUUACCCCUCGCGCCACUAAGGAGAGAUAGAUAGAGACGACAGGUGACGAGUAAGCUGAGGACCUACUGAAACGUAACCGUUCUGUGGUGAAAGAAAAAAACUAACUGUAAAUAACUGAUUAAAAACAAUCUGAAGGCAUUCAGUAAACUUCAGUUCAAAUUGUCAAUACCUUCACUGGUGUCAAUCAAGCGAUACAUCUAUUGCUGCUGCUUUGCAAACGUUCAUCCUGCUCAUACAAAUAACUCAGUGUGCGAACGAUUGUCUCUCACCUUUGUUCAAAUUCGGCAGGACACGUACUGGAAUAGUGAAGAAUUUCCUCGCUCAUUUAUCAAAGGAUCAUGGGAUGGAUUCUGGUGGUCUUUUAUUUCUAUGACCACAGUAGGGUAGGUAACUGCUUUCCAGCAAGGCGGAAGCCAAUUUUGGCCUGUUGUUAUGGUAGCUCUUCCGUACUACUGCCUCUACUUGGCGCUCGUGCUAAACUGAUUCAGUGAGAUUUAGCUAAAACUCAAAAAGACAAAAAGUUGUAGUCAAAAAGGGGAUAAAAAGUAACAGGAUACCAAACACAGCAAGCAAUCAGACAAAAUCAAACUCCACGGUAUGGUCCGUACCAUACGCACGCUCAAAGCCAUAUCAUAAAGGGCCAGAACACGGCCCGUUUCAUCAUACAGAGGGCUGAUAGCUUUGCAGCGAUGAUAAGCUCAAAUGGAUGGCAAAACAUUGCCAGGGUAGUAUGCACGCAUGCGUAAAAUGCUGGCUAUAUAACAAGAGUCUGGUUAUGUGUGCUUCUUUCCUGACCUCGUAUCAUGAAUAAGUAACCACUUGCUAACAGCAUCAAGGAUCAGACGCAUGUUGACUCAAUACUGCUGACUGGCUACACCUUUAGUUGCGAUUAUAACGGUUGAAGAUACCCACUACUCCAGUCACAUCAUAAAAAAUGUGUGAGCAGAAGUCAGUUGCUAGAUGACGUUUUAGAAAAUCAAAUGUUACUACAGAUUCACAGUUUCCAGUCCAAAUCGUUGCACAAUAAUCGUUGGGCGUAAAUGCAUAGGCUCACUAAAUCAAACAUCUAAAGUUCACUGCAGCAGUUCAGAUAAAACGUUAACUGACAGUAAUCUAAUAAUUUUUGCUAUUAACAGCUAUGGAGACAAAUCUCCCAAGUCGAUCGUUGCUCGGAUAUUUUCCAUCAUUUGGAUUAUGAUGGGUCUCAUUGUCAUGGCAAUAUUCACGGCCAGCGUCACUUCAGCUUUGACAGCGGCUUCUUUGGAUCUUGAGCCAAGCAACCUUGAAGGAUAUAAGGUAUUAUAACAUCUAAGACUACUCUCCUUUCAAUGGGCAAAUCAGUCACAAAAAAAACUUUGUCGGUUGAAUUUGGGAAUCACCCAAAUCUUUAAUAUCGUAAUUUCCAAUCAACUUCAUCGUCAUCAUCAUCGUCAUCAAGGAUUAGCACAGUCGGUUAGCAAGUGCGCAGCCUUCUGCGCGGAGGCUCCGAGCUGAAUUCCCAGCGAGUGUGACCUCAAAUCCUUGUUUUGACUUCUUUCCUUACCAUGUAGCUUUAAAUAGCUUUAAAUACCCGUAAGACAGAGGACCAAUGAAGAGAGGGAGGUAAAAUAAGCGCGCCGUCAUCCUCAGUUAAUACAGGUUAUAAUUUACCGACGUAAAAUAAGGACACUAUUGGUCGAUCAUCAUUAUCAUAUAACAUUUAGAAAGAAAAUUUUUUUCUCAGUUGAUUCAAAUAAUUUGUAUAUACAAUUAUCCGCCCGCGAUGGUUUAAAGUAACGGACACCUAAAUACACGAGAUCUUUCGAUUGCAGGUAGAUUCUCUGAGUCAGCUUUCUACCAUCAACGGGCCUCAAAUCGUUUUGCGUUAGAAAGCAGAUUAAGUAAAUCUCAUCGAUAUUACACCACGAAAGUCAAACUAGAAAAACUUUAGAGUAAUAAUAAAAUCCCUCUAUCUUAUUUCUAUUAGAUUGCUGUGUUGGGUAACGGGACGGAAUACCAGCAUGCGCUACUCGAAGAUGCUCAUCCAACAGGUAUUUUCAAAGCUUUGACACGCACUCCUAUACUACUUCAUCUUAUCUUAAGUGGCCAAAACUUGUGUCCCACAUUAUGCUAACCCCAAAACGAUUUGUUGCACUUCUUUGUAUAGAGUACAAAAACAUUGAAGAAAUCGUACAAGCGAUGAAUACAGACGAAGUUGAUGGGAUGAUGUUAGACCACUACACAGCUUCUUACUAUCAGCAAAGAGACAAAUUAAAAUCAUUCGUCACUGUCAAGAAUCUUGAGCUCCGCAGAGAAGUUGGACUGCUUUUUUCUGAAGACAGGAGGUUCAUUGCAAAAUGCUUUUUGCUUUAUCGCUCAAAUAUUUGGCGAUUGGCUCAAACAAUUACAGGAACGUUUAAGGUACUAAAGAGUCUUCAGAGGGACUAACUUCAUUGCCUGAGUAAAUGAGUGCAAUAGAGAUUGAGAAGAGAACUGUGACGUCACAAAAAUUCAAAUUUGUGAAAUUGAGGAUUGGUCAGCAUAUUCAAAAAGAACAAGAUGAAAAAAGCCCUCUUGAAAAAAAUCAGCCUGUUAGUCCAAAUUGGCAAGGAGAUAAAAGCACGGGUUGGCUCUGAUGACUUCUUUCGAGAUCCUUCUAAAAUUGGCUUGGAUCUUAACUUUAACGAUUAAGGUCUAUUUUAGAAGGAUUUACGAGGAUCAUCGGAGCAUAGUAUGCUUAUAUACCGCCAAUAUGCACCAACAGGCUAAUGUUUAGCAAGUGAACAUUUUCUAUCUUGUUCAGUCUUUGUGGAUGAGCCAACCAAUCGCAUAAUUUCGGAAAAUUAGUUUUUGUGAUGCCAUGACUUCUCUUCCAGCUCUAUUUAUUUUUAUUCAAUUUUUGCUAUUUUAAUUUCAUGCAUAAGCCCCUGGCUCAAAGCUCGAAAGAAAUAUUAAGUUAAUUAAAACGCUAUUGAUGAGUCCUUUUUUCCCACUGCCUCAACCAAUGCAACGAAGCACAGAAACAACGAACCCACUUCUUUUUCAUCCCCAGUACGGUGAACAUUGAAAUUAUAAAUGAAAAGAAGAUUAUCGCACUUAAAGCAUUGUGAUUGUUACUCCUGUUACAGCUGAACUAGGGAACUGUAUUGUAGCACGAAGAACCUUAAAUGUCAGCCAGUGGAAUUGGACAAAAAGGGGAAGUGGAUAAUGGCACCACUGAUAAAUUGAUAAGCUGAUAAGCUUGGCUGAAUUCUUAUAAAUUCAUUUCCCUUGUCAAUGUGCUCGUCCUCUGCUACCCAUUCGCCGUCUCGAAUUAAAUCCCGACUAAUAUAUUAUUUCAAGCCCAAACAUAAAAUGGGUUUCGUCGCCGGGAUCGCAAAAAGACAAAAUGGUGCACUGACCUCCUAAAAGACAAUGGGUAUUUUUUCCCCCCUUGCCGAUCUUUUGACUAUUGAGGGGAUGGGUGGGUCGUUUCAGAGAGAUAAAAAAAAAUCUGAGUAACAGCGCUCUCUCUCUCUCAGUCAAGCUGAUGACACAAUAGGUUUCCCAAGCACUGGUCAGCCUUAAACUAACCAGGGCUAGAUUUCUGGAUUUUUACGAUGCAAUGAAUGAGAAAACAAGUAAUAAAUAAAGUGGAAAAUAUUUUUCCACUGCAGCCCAAUACACGCCUAUUUUAUAGGCGCUUGAAUACAACACUGUGUGUCUGGUAAUAAACAGGCAUUUUUUGGUCAGUUUUUUGACAAUCUGUUUAUGAUUUUAUUUUCCAUUUUAGCUAAAACAACAAAAGUCUACUAAAAGUGUCAGCCUCUUUGAUGAUUCCUCGCUCUUAAUUAGACAAUUUCUUUACACAUCGCUGGGAAUUCUGGGUGUUUUGGUUCUUGCCGGAAUGCUGUGGGAAUUAUUUGUCAAGAAAAAAGUUAAAAUAAGAAAAGGCCAGGUUGUAGGUAAGUCUUCAGUCUGCCUGUUUUGAUAAAUACUAUUGAGGCGUUUGUAACUUAAAGAGGGAAAGAUUAUUUGGUAGAAAACUCCCCUGAGAAGCUAGGCAGGUUCUUUCGGUUCUCACGUUAAGCGAAAAUUGGAUAACGGUCACAUUUUCCUGGACGCUGCCGGCCCCUGACUUCACAUGAUGUGUUCAUGAAUUUGACUUUUUCCUUAUAUAUUGCACUUAGCUAGUGCAGGCGACAAAAGUCAGUCGAAGUAGACCUAAUAACUUUGGCCAAACUAUGCUCAAAUAACUCCAGCCAAGGCCAAGAGGAUACCAUGUAGGCUCAAAUACCACCUGUUUGGUCAACUUAGAUAUAUAAUUUUAAUAUUGCCUUGUACUUUUUUUCUUUAGAAGCAGUGAACCCGGGGUUUUCAUUUUCAUCACAGGGAGAAGCUAUCCGGUACGAUGUUGAAGCAACUAGAGAACUUUUCAAAAAAAUGGAAGAACAUUUGAGCAAACUUGAAUUCAAAGUCUCCAAACUUUAAGAGGACGGAGGAAUCACAAAUACGUGAUGAAUACCUUACGAUUUCUAUAUUAGAAGUUAGCAAACAACGCACACACAGUCACUUGUCGGAUAAUCAACCCUUUAUAGCCUCCAAAGUAUUUUGAAAAUACGCACAUAGUUUAACGUCGAGGCGACAAGGCGUCAAGUUGCUCAGGCAGGAUGCAAUUUAGUCCGAAUUCAAAAGGCAUAUGCUGAACCCCAGAGUACUGUUACUGAAACGGGCAGCCGUGAACAGGGAACGAUCACGGAGAAUUGGGAAAUGAAAAAUGAAAACAAAACAGAGAGUUGGAAAUGAAGUUACUAAUAAGGCUAGGGUUCAAUUUAGGUUUCUUCCCAUUUUUCAUUUUCCCGUUCGCCGCGCUCGUUUCCCACUCCCCGUUCUCCGUUUAAGUAACAUUCAAAACCCAGACGAGCGAUUAUAGACGUAAUCAUAACUAUAACAAAAUUGUCAAAUCUGAUUGGCUCUCAACUGCCCUGAUUUCAGCCUUAAUUGGACAGUUUAAUAGGACAGUACGCGUCAUGCCUAAGUAAUUGGACAGUACGCGCCAUCACGCGCGCGCUUAAAUGGCUUUUUUUUUCACUGCUAGCAAAACAGGAUUUCGAAUUUCUUGUGUUUUUGUUUUAAAAAAUAGCCUAUUGUAUCACAAAUUUUGUUAAAGUUAUGAUUAAUUGGUAACAGAACUUCGUGUCGUCCAAUUCAGUCUGUAAUCAUACUCGUGAUUAAACAAAUCGGACUCCCGCUACGCGGUCGUCCGAUUUUGUUAAUCACUCGUAUGAUUACAGACCGAAUUGGACUCCACUCAGUCCUGUUACCAUUACAUAGACGAUGGACGAUGGAGGAAAAGUGAAAAACGAAGACGAUAUGCAUUUGCAUUUUUUUCACACAAUCCUGGCUAGGCCUUUGAUAGAUUGUGCUAGCAUAAUUUUUGGCAUAAUUCGUCAUCACGAGAAUAAUUUUCACCUUAAUUUUCCGAAAAAAAGCACUGCUAGCAUAAUUUGCACUUUUGGCUGGUUUGCAGCACAAAAUUGUCAAUUUUUUUUUUACGGCCGAGAUCAGUGUUACAGGCAAAUUUAAGAAACAAAAUUAAUCUCUCUCUGCUUAUAACCACAUUCAUGGGACCCUCGUCUUACAGGAAGUGACCCAGAACUCUUAACUUUUCAUAGGACUCAACGCAUGCGCAUUAGGGGUGACGAAUGGUCUUUGCGAGCAUUCGCGAGCGUGCCGAGCACUGCGAUUUUUUUGCGAGCACGAGCAGAAAUAAAAAAUUUGCUUUGCGAGCUUGCGAGCAACUGCAAAAAUUUGGGGAGCACGAGCAAGCGAGCACUCGUUUAAAUUUUGCGAGCAACUCGAGCAAAGGUAAAAUUUUGUGAGCAGUUAAAAAUUUUAAUGGACCAUUCAUCACCCCUCGCAUUACUAGUUCGGUUUCCCCGCAAGAGGGUUAACCAAGUUGUCAGACAUGGAAUUAUGCACUCUUAAAGUUCUUAGAUUUUGAAUAAGUUAAAUGCAGUUUCCAUUUACUUCAGUGUUUUAUAGUUAUUGAAGUGUUUUAACCAAAGAUAUUAAUUUUUAACUAAAUAGUAGAGGCCUAAUUUCUGCAAUUUUUUUGCUCUGAAAUGAGUAUAAUUUGCAAAAACUAGUAUUAUGAUAAUUAUUUACAUAAUUUUAGAAAUAUACGAGCACUGCUAAUAGCUAUUAUGCUACUUUUGCGGGCACAAUCUAUCAAAGCCAAAUUCUGUUACGCAACGCCUUGGCAACGCCAUGUGAGGGGGCUACGCCUCUUUUAUUGCACACGCUCCUAUUUUCCCGCCUUAAUUAGACCAGAAACACAAAGUAAAUCAGUCCUCAAAACUAAGAACAAUCCGUUGCUAAAUGAUUUACUUUUUGUUCUGUUAUUAAUGAGUGAGUGCCCCUUGCGCAAAUAUUUGAUAUUGUGUCACACACUGUAUGUGACAGUCUUUAUUGUUGUAGUUUGUUAAAGGACCCAUAACAAAUGAAUCAAGAUUUACAAUAAAGAUCAAUAACAAAAUACGGUGUUUUCCCCCAAUCUUGCCACAUGUUGCUUGAAGCACAUGAUCCCAGUUAAAGAACAAGAAAGGUGAUUACUUCACCAUAUUGACAACAGAAAUUCAAUCAUGCCACCCGCGUGCAUGAAAACAAUUUGGCAAACGGAGUAGGAUUGAUUUGGAAUACUGUGCGUAGUUAAUUCUCGGAAAAUUUCUAGAGACGCCCCUGAAUUAGAGUUUGCGCCGCCCACAGCCUAGCAAACAAGGUUUCCAAAAAAACGAGAAUAUUUUAAUUUUUGUUUGUGGAUUUUACUCUCUCCACAGAGGCGUCUGGAAGGGCAUCUCUUCGAGUUGAUACAAAAUUUUGCCACCAGAUGUUCAUAAAUAUUAAUUAACUCGUUUUAGAAGUAAACACAACUCCUCGGCCGUACGUGUAGCUUCAAGACAGAAUAUUGUAGUUCUUGAGGAGUUGAGUUCUAAGAUUACUAAAAUGUCAGGUUAUUCUUUCUUAGCCUAAGAUGCCUGUUUUUCUAUGUUAGAUAGUUAAGUUUCGGUUGCAAAAAGGUGACUAUGUCAACAUGAUAUCUUUAUGAAAUAUUAAGUGCCCCCCAAGUAAGUGUUAAAAUGGUUCUUAUGAGAGAAUCAGUUCUAGCUCCAGGCUUAAGAUCAUUCUAAAAGGGUUUUCUGGUUUUCCGAUGACGCUGACAGAUCGUAAUCGCGUGGAAAAAUCAAGUUAAGUGGAUUCAAUUAAGUGUUUUUAAGUCUUCAAUUUGGCCUCUCUACAACAUCAUCAGUUAUAUAUUGUAAAUGAGGCAAAAUUAAAACAGCAAUUAGCAAGUUUUGUAUUUGCAUGAUAAUUUGAGGGUUAUUCAGCAGUAUUCUGGCUUUGUACCGUUCCAUCGACGAAUUCCCUUGCCGGUAAAUGCGGAAUCUUACUGUUCCAAUCAUUGCAGGUAUGACUGUUUAAGUUAAGUAUUAAUCACAACUGAAAAGCUCGCAUUGCGUUAAGGAAGAAAUUCUUCAUGCGGUUUCGCGCGCCGUAAUUUUGUUUGAACCUUCAAAACAUUACCUGGAAGAAUAGCUUGUUUAAACUUGAAGAAUCAAUGUACAGAGCUGUUCCCACAUGCCCGACUCGUCUUCGAACUGAUAGGAUAAAAUUAAUUCAACAAAAGAAAAGAUUAUUUUUCAUAAAAAUUUUGAAAUCCCCCUUUUUCAAACGAUUUUCAGAUCUUUUGCACCUGCCACUGAAAUCUUACAAAGCUGAAAUGCAACGGCACUUUCAAUUGUAAGCUUCACCUCAGCAUCCCAUCCAUCUGAAGAUAUGGGCUUGUAGUAAAAAAUCAAGCAUUUUAUUUAGCUAAUAACAGGGGUAUGUGUAUACUUAUCUUGCAUGCUGUAGAAUAAAAAAACGCAGGCUAGUUUACGGCGUUAAGGCAUAAUGAUUACUACUACUUGUAACUUGAGGCUUAAGAUUUUAUUUCACUGUAUCUUGUUAAAGGGAAAAUACAACUGUGUGAUGGGAUAUUUACUAUCGAAAAUUGUAACAAAGAAACGUUCUGUGUAAAAUGAGUGAUUUCUAGUUUCUUACAUGUACCGACUAGCGAUUGAUUUGAUGUUAAUGGCUUGGCACCAGCGUGUUUUGACUUAAUAUCGCAUACCCAAAAAGCGAGAGCACCCUAAAUCAUUGUUAUGUGGACGCACAUUUUUUCCAUGAUCUGUGGGUUUUCAGUUAGGUAGAACCUGAGGCUUUUAAUUAGAGAAUUUACUAUUUCGAUUAAUUAGAAAUAGCAAUCUCUGUGUACGAGAUCGAGCUCAAUUUCAGUGAACAUGCAUUAAAAGUACAAUUAUGAAUGAAAAAAAUAUAUCUGCUCACUGUCAACUAUUGAAGUAAAGGAUGUGCCUGUAACCUGACACGAAAUGUUAUUCAUUUUAUUGCUGUUUAAUACUAAUAAAGUUCAAAUUUUUAAUUUUUUUUUAAUCAAAUCUGUAUAUUAUGUUAAAAAUUUUUCCUUUUCAGACUCACAAAAAUGGCAUCGUUGAAAGUGUUUGUAGUCUUGCUCUUUGGAAUAGUUGUUGUUAACCUUAGCUUCUGGUAUAGCGCAGCUGAAAAUGAGCAUAUAGAAGUACCUUUAGUGUUUGGCUGGAUUGAAAAGCCGCCGUAUGCAGUACCACCAACCAAUGAAUCUCUAGAUAAUGAAGCCCAUGGAUUAAUCCGCGACGCCGUGUUACGGUAUAUUCUAGUGGAGUGCGGAUAUUCUCUCAAGCUGGAAUAUCAAGUGUCCACCAGGAAAUUCGAAAGCGAAUUUGAACUGUUGCAACAAUUGCGGCAGAACAUAGUACACAUUGCCUUACCAAUAUUUGAGGAUGCCAAUAAUCGUAAAUACAGUGAAUUUAUCUUCUUCAAACUUGAUGAUUAUCCGGGAACAGAAUUUAUCACUACCGAGGAUGACACUACCACACUUACAGUUGUAAUGGAUUCUGUUUUGAAGUCUUGGCCAUUGCUUGCUGUCACACUUGUACUCACAGCUAUUGCUGGAAUUAUCAUGUGGGCUUUGGUAAGCGGCUGUGUAUAUAGGAGAGUAGACACCUAGAACCUGCUGUAAACGCAUAGCAACAUUUAGAGAAAACAGGCAAAUACAAUUCAAGUUCUAAGUGUUAAAUUGCUUAAUAUCAGUAAUAUCGUCGUUACCUUUGUGUUAGAUAAAGGACUUGCCAAACAACUGGAGGUGUUUGACUCCCUAGGAAUUGAUAAAUUGAUACCUUCCUUCAGUCCAGGCGUAAAUUUCUUCAUUAUAAGAAAACUUAGCCAUAAAAUAUUUAACAAUCAUUCCUCGAGCCCGGAUGGGCUCUGAGUCAAUAGCCCAUGAGGCCCAAGGCCUCAUGGGCUAUUGACUCGAGGCCAUGAGGGCGAGAGGAAUAAUUGUUUUAGUAAAAUCCAACUAAUUGCUCAAAAAAAUAGAGAAUAAAAAACUUUUAGCUAGUUAAAGCUAGACUUAAUCCUUUUUUGCCGCCAAAAAGCUUGCGCUUUUUGCUGCUAAUGGGCUAUAACAUAUAGCCUAGUAGUAGCUCAACCAAUCAGAACGCAGCAUUGAUAACAGACCACUAGCUGGAUUUUACUAAUACGUACAUGUAGUAUAAGCAGUCUGUUUCCGUAACGUAUUCAUGAGCGCUCCAAUCACUCUAGCUAGUCUAAAGUUAGCCUGAUUGAAAAGGCGAAAGAAGUAGUUGUUGCAACAGCAAGCAAAUGGUUUAAACGUGAAAUGCAAGCUUCUUAUAAGAUUGUUACAUGUACUACAGCGUCAGAAACCUGCAAUUGCAUGCUGAGAUGAAAGCAUGUACUCGAUUUUUCUAAGAUAACCUAUUCCCCAUAUUUUCGAUCUUUUUUCUUCUAUACAGGACACGUACUGGAAUAGUGAAGAGUUUCCUCGCUCGUUUAUCAAAGGAUCAUGGGAUGGAUUCUGGUGGUCUUUCAUUUCUAUGACCACAGUAGGGUAGGAAAAUUAAGGAAUCUCAAAAGACUCCAGGGAAUAUGUAAUACAGCUAUCUCUAGAGGGAAGGGGUGAAUCAGCCGAGGAUAUUCCGAGUUAAGGAAGCCAAUCAAAACGUGCGAAACUUGCUAUUCUUUGACUGAUUUAGUAAGUACUAAAAGUAAUUGUUCAGUAUUGAACUGCGGGAAGGUUUUAUUUGCAUUGGGGUAAUAGAAACUCAGUACCUAAAACAAAUGGAAUUGUACAGAGCAUCUUAAAUUAAAGGACCAAAUAAAGAAACCGUAGGAUGAAACAUCUAGUACUUCUUUCAGGAAUUUUGGUGCUAAUUUGUUGCAUCGUCUCCUCAGCUUAAUUGGCCCUUGAAACCAUACCGAAAAUGUUUGAUGUUAUGAUCAAUUUUAUAGCUAAAGAAUGUAGACUAUCUAACUCGAUAUCACCAUUUAUCAAGACGUGAUGAUGGUACAUUUUUGUCUAUUACGCGCUCUUGGUUCAUUGACAUGGUCUUACAAUAUAGAAAUUACAGAGGGCAGGAAGAUAACGACUUCCCUCUUUAGUCCUGUCGACCAUGAUCCAGAAGUCCCAACACGUAAUACAGCCCUAAAAGUUGAUAAUCAUUCUAGGCUGGCUAUUAUGGGUGGCUUUGCUAUUCCACCUAUUAGAAUCAUUUUAUUUAUCUAUGUAACAGCUACGGGGACAAAUCUCCCAAGUCGAUUGUUGCGCGGAUUUUCUCCAUCAUCUGGAUUAUGUUAGGACUUAUCGCCAUGGCAAUAUUCACAGCUAAUGUGACUUCAGCUUUGACAGCUGCCUCACUGGAAGUGAAAUUAAAUAGCCUUGAGGGGUACAAGGUAUUUUAAGUCAAUUAUGUAUUAGCACUUAACAAAAAAAGGAUCCAUAAGACUUAAGCAAAGACUUUUUAAUAUGGGACUGUUACUAGAGACGCCAAUAGCCGACCGGCACGUCCUCGGUAAUUAUCCCAAAAAUAAUUGAAGGACGCAUUUCGGCUCCAGCUACCUUCUCAUUUCUAAAGUGGCGAAUUUGACCUGGCAAUAGGGAACUUAAGAACCACGACGACGACCGGAAGUGAGUUACAGUGUAAAGCGUAAGCGCGACCAGUAAAUUUCGUCGUCGUGGUGUCGUCGACGAAGCCAAACAAAGUAUAAUUACGUCGUCCUGCAAUCCACAAGCUUCGGUAGAUAUAUUUUCACUGUUUUAAGCGAUUUUUGAAUUCCUUAUCAUUUUCUUGCUUAUCCUCGUAAAUCCAGGUAUCGUUACUUUUUUCUCCUAACAAGCGAUGUUGAUUGAAAAUUCGACUAGUGAAUUGUUUUUACUUCGAAGAAUGACAACAGCUGUGGAGGCCGAGCGAGCGAACUCGUAAGUGAUAAAUUUAUUUGUACGUAUUUAUGUGAGGCAAAUCAUUUAUCUUUAAUAUGGAGGAAAUAAACUUUGUAUGGAAAACAGUUAUCACAUCAGAAUGUCUCUUUUUCCAAAUCUAAACUCUGACAGACACUCGGACUCGGUCAUCUCAGUCAGGUUGAAAGUUGAAUAAUCUUCGUACGGAAAGCAGGUGUUUUUCCACUCGAAAAGGUCAGACAACACAAAAAUUCUUCAUCGUCAAUGAAAUUAGACGUACGGCUUAAAAAAUAAGAUUUUGCAUUGUUUUAGACGCCAUUGCGAAAAACUUUGUUGCAAACGAACAUCACAGUUUUACAUUUGUGUUUUACAUUCAGUGUCCUCGUCGUCGACCUACUGGCGGACUGCAUCUUAAGUUUCCUUUUCCCGCCGAAACUGACGUUCUCGUUCCAGUCUUUUCCCAGUCAACAGACGUCGUCGUCGUGAUCGAACUUCGUCGUGGUUCUUAAGUUCCUUAAUGAGUCACAUUACAUUUAUUUUACAAUCUUAAACGUAUCAGGUUUGUGUGACUCAAGUUUGGUGCAGGAAUGCCAGUUUGAGUAGGUUGGGGGAUUUCGACUUCCGUAUAAAUGUGAGCAAUUUAGAAUUAAACUGCAGGACUAAAGAGAUCGUGUUUCGUAAAAGGGACUGUACACUGUACUGAAAAAUGUAACCCAUUACAAGAACCGGUUAAAAGCUACCGUGAUUUUAGUUCGACGAAAGAUGUUGAAUUUGAAUGCUAAUCAGCCAGAUUAUUCUCUCUCGCGGAACUUUAACAGCACAAGAAUGCCAGUUUGAGUAGGUUGGGGGAUGUCGACUCCCGUAUGAAUGUGAGCAAAUUAGAAUUAAACUGCAGGACCAAACAGAUCGUGUUUCGUAAAAGGGACUGUACACUCUACUGAAAAAUGUAGCCCAUUACAAGAACUGGUUAAAAGCUACCGUGAUUUUAGUUAGGCGAAAGAUGUUGAAUUUGAAUGCUAAUCAGCCAGAUUAUUCUCUCUUGCGGAACUUUAAUAGCACAAGACAAAAAAGGAGGCUCGAAAUGGCAAAAACUGCGGACGGAGAUAGAGUCAAAGUUGAUUAUAAUUACUACUGGGAUUUUGUUGAAAAGAGUUCAGCUUUCAUUUCAUCAUUGAAGCUUAUCUAUAAUGUUAACAAACUAGGAAAAUGGCUGUCGUGAAGCUGUGAUUUUGUCAUUUGGUAGUUGCUUCUUCAAGCAAACCGGUUAAUAAGUUACCGGUCUAUGAGUAAAAAGUUUCGUGUUUGCUUUAGAUUGCAGUGUUAGGCAACGGAACAGAAUAUGAUCAUGCGCUGAGUGAACACGCUGAACCGAAAGGUACUUGGACACAUUUGGUGAAUAUUUUUAUACAUAAUUAUAUCACAGGUAGGCCAAGCUUACUGUGAGAGCCCUGAACAACGUUGGCCCGGCCUGAUGAAGGCUAAUUUUGUUAGCCGAAAUAUUGGCCUAUAAUAAAUCAGCCCUUUGCCGUAGUGCCAGCCCUGCAUUCAGUUUUGUGACAUGAUCCUACUUAGCUAACUAAUUAUUCAUACGGCAACAAUUGUAAGACGUUGUAUGAAAAUUACCUUAUUUCUCCGUAAUAGAGCGAAACGUGCAUUAAAUUUUCCCUUUGGAGUUUGCAUUUUGUAUUUUCUUAUGUUUACUUGUGUGUUGACUGCGUGUCAGGCCUCUUAGGCACUUUUUAAUGCCUUUUUUCGAGCGACAGUCUCUACUGUCAUCUAAGUGAAAAACUGUCCCUCGAAAAAAGGCGUUAAGCAGUGCCUAGGAGGUCUGAAAUGAAGUCAGAACGCAAAAAAAAAAAAACAAGAAAAAGCUUAAAGUAAGCUGCUUCAAAGCGAUAUUCAAUGCACAUUUUGCUAAUUUAGUUAGCAAAGAAUAUUUCUCAUACAACGUUUUAUAAUUUUCUUGCUGUAUGAAUAAUUAAUUAGCUUAGUAAGGUAGUGUUGUUCUUGGGUUCUUGGCUAGCCAGAGAAAACAGCCGACAUUUGGCGACGCUAUCACUGGUUUCCCCGCCAAAUGACGUCUGAGAAACGAGCGCAGAAAUUCCAUACUGAUGACGCGUCACUACCCAGAUCUGGGUAGUGCUUCUGAUUGGUUGAAUCAAAUUUCCCACGCUGCACGACCAAUCAGAAGCACUACCCAGAUCUGGGUAGUGACGCGUCAUCAGUAUGGAAUUUCUGCGCUCGUUUCUCAGACGUCAUUUGGCGGGGAAACGGGUGGCAGCGUCGCCAAAUGUCGGCUGUUUUCUCAGGCUACUUCUUGGUAUCCUAAGAGCCGUGAAACGUAGUCAACACACAAAUAAACAUAAGAAAAUACAAAAUGCAAGCUCAAAAGGAAAAAAAUUAAUGCACGUUUCGCUCAAUUAUGGAGAAAUAGGGUAAUUCUCAUACAAUGUCUUAUGAUUGUUGCCGUAUGAAUAAUUAAUUAGCUAAGUAGGAUAAUGUUGUUCAGGGCUCUCAUAGUGAGCUUGGGCUCUACCUGUGUUUACAUCAAUGUGCAUUUGACACCACUAUCAUCAGCGGAAGUACUAAUUGUAGAUUAAAGUGGAUGUUCACAGAGAUACCUCAUGAACAUACAGAAGUACAGACGUACAGUUGGGGCGCCAUCGUGAUAUGUCUGUCAUAUUUUUGUAAAAAUGGAUGAUCACUUUUCAGGUUUUUACACUAACAGCAUCGGCAAUAUUAAACAUAGGUUUCAGUUGAGUGAAUAAAUAAUGAAAAGCAGCAAAAACUUAUCAUCUUUUAAACAAAAUGUUUGCGAUACAAUGACACAACUUGAAAAGUAAGCCUGGCACUUCCAAUUUAUAAAAAUAAUAAUUUUAUUUCCUUAAUGUCUCCGUUAAUUUCGAAAACCUAUAACUGAUUUCACCUUGCACUUAAAAUUGAGCACUUCUUAAUUUUAACUCAGCAUGAAUAAAUAUUUUUAAAUUUCUAGAAUACCAAAGAAUAGAAGACAUUCAACAAGCAGUGAAUGCCCAAGAAGUCGAUGGAAUGAUGUUGGACCACUACACAGCUGCAUAUUAUCAGAGAAGAGAUAAACUCUCGAGAUCACUCAUCACCGUUAAGAAGUUCGACCUUCGCAGGGAAGUAGGAGUGCUAUUUUCUAAGGACAGAGAAUCCAUUGCCGACUGCUUAGCGAUUCACCGUUCAAACAUUUGGAGACUGAUGCAAACGAUGACUGUAACAUUUCAGGUGCUCGCAUCAUUAAUUACUCAGCCGGGUUACUCAGUUAUUCUUAAAUAGAGACCUAAGAUAAAACAACUGUAUUCUACAUUUAUAAACAAGAAAUUCGGUCUUAAGCAUAGCAUGAAUGAGGGAUACAAUCCGGCAAAGAAUUUAGAAAAAAAAGAUGAUCAGAUAAUCAGAGUUAACUGACUCAAUCGACACCUGGAAUGAUUCUUCGGGUUCGAAUCAGAGGCAGGAAAGAUCUUUUCAUAAUUGUUUACCCCCGGGGGGAGACUCCCAUAUAAAAGUGACAGGAAUGUUCUUCAUCUCACUUUGGGGUGUAAAUUGCAGAUUUUGGUCUCACUUAAGGUGUUUGGGAUGGAAAGUUACUAUAUUUUCCCAUUCAGGUGUCGCUUAGUACUGUGCACAAUGAAAUUUACAAGAAAAUGCCCUGCCACUAAGCACACAGAAAUCUCCUUUAGGGAUCAGUUUAAGCUUGAGCCACACCCACGUUUGUCUCCCCUAGGGGUUUAAUUUCAAUUUUCCAACGAGCAUCCCCGUCACUUUUAUAUGGGAAUCCCCUCCGGGUGUUUACCUCACUAGUUCACAUUUUCGUUUUAACCUCUUCGAUUCCUCGGAACUUUACUUACUGAGAGAACCCUUGGGAUGAAAGGUUGCUUUUCCAUGAAUUCAAAACCCAUUAGGGAUAACGUUCCACACUCAUGACAAAUUUAUAAAAAAAAAGACCAUUUGGGGGAGCUAGCCUAAUUAAGAAAGCAAAUAAUAAAAUCAUUAUAUCUUACGAGUGUUAUAUCUGAGUAGGGACUUAAACAAAUUUUAUUUCCAAAGCGUGAUUAUCUCGUUACCUGUCCGGUAGAAACUAUAUAUAAGUUCGUGGAACUUGAUGGGUAACAAUCGUUAUCACUAACUAUUUUUUCAUCAAUAUAAUCAGUAAAAAUGUUUUAAUUUUUCCAUUUAGCUAAAGAAACAAGAGACCUCCAAACAAGUUAGCCUCUUCGACAAUUCCUCUACCUUUGUGACACAACUUUUAUAUAUAUCACUUGGAGUACUGAGUGGUUUGCUUCUUAUUGGGACAAUAUGGGAUUUUUUUAUCAGAAGAAAACCUAAAAUAAAUAAGGAUACCUCAGAAGGUGAGUUUGAAAAGAUACUGUGGAUUUGUAAAUACGGCAACUGUAUGUGAAAAGCGAGGUGUAAAAUAUUUUUACCAAAUAUAUUAUUGUUCCCUGAGAAAUGCACUAGUGGGAAGAGGAUGCUUUGCAGCUGUGGAGUGAAGCUGAGUCAGGAGACCAGUAUGAUAUGAAGAAUUAGGCAGAUCGAUGAGGGUAUUAUAAGCUGAAAGCCGUAUACAAUUAUAAAUGUUUUAUAAUUCAUUCAAGGUGUUUUAUACCUCGAUCGAUCAUUUUGCCUGUUUCUCGGCAAAUUAAAAGACGCAAAGGGAUGUUUAGUCUAACAGAUCUUCGAAUAGCAGUUGUUACCCAUCCAUUUAUAUUUUUGCUUUUCCUGCCAUGUUUAAAGGCAGCAGUUUUUCGCAUUAUCUUCUGGAAAAAUGUUUGAAAUUUUUCUCCAUUUUCGCCAUCUCUACCAACAGUGGAGCUAACACAACCUCGGCCCAGGGCCUGUCUGUUAUCGUGCCUUUUCUGUCGAUCGCAGAAGUUGUUCAAAUUUGGUCAACACGUGUUUGUCAUGAAUGCCAAAUAUGGGGUGAUUCGCCUGGCAUUACUUCUCGAAGUUUAACGCAAUACGCAGUGCUAUUCUCAUUUCAUGACACUGAGUAAUAUCAUGCAUAUUUUUCAUUUUCAGUGGGACGUAUGAACGGAGCGUUUGCUUUGUCGUCAGGAAAAGAAACUAUUUGCCGUGAUGUGGAGGCCGCAAGGAUACUUUUUAGGCAAAUGGAUGAACACUUGAGCAAACUUGAAACCAAAGUUUCGAUGCUUUUAUAG